AUGUGUGUUUUUCUCUUAUGCUGGGCUCUGCGUAAACAAGUUCGACUUCGAUUCCACCGCGCUUGGCUGUCUCUGCUCUACCCAGCGUCACGAAGUCGGCUUUUCCCGUCUCUCUCCGUCGUUUUGCCUGCCCUUUGUUUUCGUUUUCUUCAUAAUGUCGUUUCUUUUCGGUUUCACGUUGAGACGGUCUCCUCCGUCCUUGCCUCUUCGGAUCCUCCGCAUGCACAAUCAAGAGAACCGGUAGUUUCACCGGCAUCGAGAGUGGUAGCGCUCAGCCGGCAUGCGAAUCGUGUGUCAUAUGUCGGCAAGAUGUCUUGUCUUCACUGCAUUCCUUCGUUUUCUCUUUCCUUCUCAGCCUCACUUGGCUGGGGGAAGCUCAGAGACACUCGCAUCUUCUUCGUCUUCCUCGCUUCUCUUCUCAGCGCCGGAUUGUUGCACGUCAGUGCGGGAGCCAGAAGUCCUUCUCUCUUUUCGUUUUCAGAUCCUUCGCUGUCUUUCAGACCUUUCGAAUCUCUCCCUCCCUCCCUGUCUUCUGCUCUUGAUCCUUCUUCGUCUCGCUCUUCUUCGCUGUCUAACUCGAUGUCGCGCUCUCUGCUGGAGUCUGGCGAUCCAUCCCUUGUUCGGAGUCGAGCGUCCCCCUGCCUCCGCGACUUUCUGUCUCGCUUCCAUUCCUCCUCGUCCUCUGAGUCUUCUCUUCGUCUCCAACUGAACGUUUCGCCUUCCGCCCUGCUCACACCGAAGUUCGCCUCUUUUCUCAACCCCCCGUCUGCUUCUGUCCCACUCUGCGCCUCGAAUAUGGCCUCUGGCUCCCUGGCGAAACUCUCUGCGUGCAGCCGUUGCCCUCAACCUUGCUGUGGUCCUUCUCGUCGCGUUGUCCGGUCUUUCCUUGCUCCCCUUCUCUCUCCUCGCGUUCCCGGAAGAGCAUCGCAUGCACUGAAAUUCCUUCGCUACGGUCCACAGAAGGCGCAAACAGUCGGCAUGCCUUCUUCUCGUCUUCCUGGCGCUUCUCUAGCGUUCAUGCCUUCGCCUUGGCACAUCGCGCAGACUCGACACACCCCGUCACCAGCAUCACUUUGCUCGUCCUCAGCGUCGCCUCGACCCUGUCCAUCGUCCUUCACUGUCUGCUUCUCUCUGUCUUCUCCUCUUCGCCUAGAUCCAGCGCGAGACACCCGGCGUCCGCGCUGGCCCUUCGCCGCCGUCUGGUCCUUUUCCCCAUCUGUUUCUACAUCGCCUGCAUCACGCUCCUCGUCGUCUCGGCCAACGCCCGAUUCCUCGUCUCCCUGCCCUCUGUCUGCCGAGUCUUCGCGCGCUCCUCUGGCAGACGCCUUGUCUCUCUCAGCCUGUGGGGACGACAUCGGAGAGGCUGACGAGGAAAGCAGAACGCUGGAGGAACAUGCGUUCGCCUCUCCGUUUCUCGCCGACGCAUGCAGGCGAGGCGUCCUCGCUCACGGCAACGCCCUGCCUCGUCUUGACCAACUUCUGACGUCCUGGACAGCUGCGCUGCUCGAACAGGAAGGCCGCAAACGCAGGGUGGGGGAACUGGAAAGCUCCAAGUUGAAUCCGAAUCACGGGUGUCAGAAGACUGGACAGCCGUCAGGGGAACGGGGAAUGCCUGACGAGCAACCGGACGCUCCUCUCUCCUUUUAUCUUGGCAUUGACUUGACAGGCGGCAGUCUUCACAUUGGACAUCUUCUCCCGCUGCUUCUCCUCCGACGCUUGCAGUGCCUCCAGCUCGUUCGCCCUGUUCUUCUGCUGGGGACUGCAACGACUCUCGUAGGAGACCCGACCGGAAAAUUUCUGAACUUCGUCAAGUCGAAACGGCUCUUCUCAAGUCUCUCUGCGGCUUCCCCCAAACGGUCCUCGUUGCUGGACUCUGUCCUGAGAGACUUGGCCGCAGACGCCCGCUGGCGCGCAGAGAGCGAAGAGAAAGCAGAAGGCUCUAGAGGCUGUAUGCAACCCAAUUCGCCGCAGGCCUUUUGUUUGGACGUUGCAAAGGCAGGCGAAGUUGAAAGCAACCGAGAUGCGAUUGCCAGACAACUCGCGCAGCUCUUUAAUCUUGAUUCCGCGAGCGACGGGGUAGUCCCUGCGCUCAGACCCGAGCCUGCCGAGACACUUUGCUCUUCUCUGUCGACUACGCCGCCCUCGCCGCCUCCCGCCGCGAUUGUGGAAAACUGCUCGUGGCUGUCGGGAUUGUCGUCGCUCGACUUCCUCACUGAGUUCGGGGCGUUCCUAUCUCUGCCGCGUCUCCUCUCGCGGUCGAGCGUCGAGGAGACACUCGGGCCCUGUCUCUUCGGGCGCGGAGACAGGAGCCCAACGCGGUCGUCGAGCCGAAACAAGGCGAACUUCUCCUUCGCCUCGCUCGCGUACGCCGUGCUCCAGGCGGUCGACUGGUGCUUUCUUCGGCGCCGUUUCGGAGUCGUCGGGCAAGUGGGGGGACGAGACCAAUGGGGUAACAUCUCCACAGGUCUCGAGCUGGCCCGAAGACGAGACAACCUCUGUCUCUUUGGGCUCACCACCCCGCUGCUCCUCAAUCGCGCAGGCGUCAAGAUGGGCAAGAGCGGAGGCGGCGCAGGGACGAAGGGGACGCGGCGAGAAGGCGAAGGCGAGAAAGCAGGCGGAGGCAAAGAGGGGGCGAUGCAUGCAAAAACGCCUGGAGGCAAGACGGUCUGGCUAAGAAAAGACUUGACUCCCCCCGUCGAGUUCUGGCGCUACUGGAGAAACGUCGAUGACGCAGAUGUCAAACGGCUCCUGCGCUGGUUUACGCUCUUGUCCCUCCCGGAGAUCGAAGCCCUGGAGGAGGACACACGGCACUGCGGGGCUGGCGCUCUGAACUACUUGAAGGAAGUUCUCGCCGACCAUGUCACGACCCUCGUUCACGGACCGAGUGUGACGAAGGCCGUGCGAGCUGUAGUGACAGCUGGGCGACGGCAGAGCUCCGCGCCUGGCGUCUCGCGCGUAGAUCCGAGCGGAGCUCUGCAAGGAGGCGAGGUCGCGCCAGCGAACGAAUUCGACCAAGCUAAAGAACCCAGCGCAGCGAGGCUCCCCCCCACACACUUUCUGAAAUCGUCAUGCGUAGGCCCAAGCCAAACAGAGGCGCGAGGAGUAGGAGAGAAGCCUGGACAGCUCCGUCUCUCUGGAGGAGUGCCUGGGGUCUCCCCAGAGUCGCGGGGGACAGGAACGCAUGCACCCGAGGCUGAGGACGCACCCCCAGCAGAGCAUGUUUGUCUGGGAGAUGGAGGAGACACGCCCGGGUAUCAGAAGCGACUUUCGCUGUCUCGCCUUCUCGCGGGCGUCUGCCUCUGUCCCUCGAGAGCGGCGGCAAGGAGACUCAUUGCCCAGGGCGCUGUGCGAAUCAAUGGAAAGAGGAUUCAGGCAGACGGAGAGAUUACCCUCGCGGAUUUCGAGGAAUUCGUGUGGCGUCCAUCGGCGGCAGGGGCGGCGAUUCAAGAGAAGCGAGACGAGAAGCAGGGACGCGGAGGAGAGCGUGCAGAUGGAGAGAGAGGCAGAGGGACAGAAGGAGAAGAGGAAGUGGAGAAAGAAGCAACAGACGAGGAAGGGCGUUUGGAGAGACACGACGAACAGGACACAGAACAGAACAAAAAAAACCGUAACGAAGAGAACUUAGAAAAGGCAACACAGCCCGUUCAUCAAUCUGUGAUCUCUGUGGGCAAGAAGGGAUUCGCUGUCAUUCAUCUAAUUGACGACGCAGACUGGCCUCCAGAAAAACGCAACGACCAUCUCCUCGUCGCCGAAUGA